AUGGGCAACGCGCCGUCCUCGGCGGCUCGGCCGCCGAUUUUGGGAAGCGAACUGACAACACCAUCUUUGCAGCGUCAUUCUCGCCCUUGCGAAGAGAGCUGUGCAUAUCUUGUGACAGCUCCUCGCUCUCAGGGCACACAUGCAUCUGACUCGUACAUGCUGGAUGUAUCGUCAGAUGCGUCACUUUGCUGUGGCCCGACACCCCGGAGUGGUCCUGUUUCCUUCGUAUCGAGAGAAGAGGCCCUGGAGAAGGCGCGCUACUACGCCGAGAGGAAUCCUGAGCUGGCUAAACAGGCCUACCUCUUUGCUCUAGACAUCCUGCCUUCAAACUUUCCUGGAAGAGCACAAAUACAUGAGGGGAGAAACCAAACAGGGAGCUGGGGAUGCUCAUUUGUGCGGUGCAAUAUCCCCCAGCCCGUCGGUCCAUGCUGGUCUUCUGGCCAGCAUGGCCACCCCACAGUGCAAGAAGGUGGCAAUGAAGGACCUGUGCAGAAAAUGGGCAGUGCAGAGUUUACAUCCACUGCAUUCACCAGUGGAAACGUGUCUCGCCUGCACACAGACGACCUCGAUGAGCUCGUGGUGAACAACCCGGCUGCUAAGAAGCUACACCUUGGCAGCAUCCCAAUUCGCACGACAGAAAAAGAAAGCUUUGCCCAGCUUGAUGACAGCGACUUCAGGGCCGAGAUAUAUGGGGAACUUGCACAGCUGCACCUCAUGUGCGGCGAGCCUCGAAAAGCCAUGGAGUGCUACCACAGUGCAGCAAUGCUAGCGCCACAUCAGUUGGCUUAUUCAUACAAAAGAGGAGUUGUUCUUCAGCAGCUUGGUGAGCGUGACAGGGCAAUAUCUUGCUUCCGAGAGAUCCUUCAGAAUGACUCUACCUACAAACCCGCCAUAUUCAAUCUGGGCGUUUGCCUGGCCGAAGAUCCAUCAACACGCCCAGAGGCUCUCGGGACAUUCCAGCACUUGCUUUCUAUUGAUCCGAACAACGAUAAUGCCUUGGAUAUGAUUGCUGACAUCCACGAGCAGGAGGGACGCGUGGCAGAGGCAUAUGCCGUGAAGCAACGAGUUGUCACACUUGACCCAUCUAACUUCCGAGCAGGAAGAGACCUGGCCAGACUGGGGUCUACUCUUCUAGAUCGUGGUGGUGUUCCUGGUUAUGUUACGCUGAACUGA